AUGAAGACAAACACUCAGACGUGGAGAGUUGGCGGUGCCCCUGGUCUGCAGCAGCCCUCGUGGAUCUUUAUCAAAGCCUGUGUUGUGAAGCGGAGCACAUUCCCAGACUCCGAUGGACGUGUCUGGAACAGUAAACUACAGAGCGAGUGGAGCGCACGGCGACUGCACCACGGCCUGUGGCGAAGGGUCCGGUCACACGGCACUAACUCAAAGAGACGGCCCCUCGCGCUCACAUCAUCUGCUCCGCUCUGCUCUGUCAGUCAGGACCAGGUCUGGACCCAAACGCUGCACAAAGGAGCUCAGACCAAAGAGUUCAGACCAAGGAGCUCAGACCAAGGAACUCACAACAAAGAGCUCACAACAAAGGACACACAAGCGACCACUUUGGACACAAUCUUAUAA